AUGGAGAAUGUGCAUAGACUAUAGAAAAUUAAAUGAUGCAACCAGAAAAGACCAUUUCCCACUACCAUUUGCAGAUCAAAUGUUAGAAAGACUUGCUGGACAUUCAUUUUAUUGAGAAUGCCAUUUGGUUUGUGUAAUGCCCCUGUCACUUUCCAAAGAUGCAUGCUUUCUAUUUUUUCUGAUUUGGUAGAAAACAUCAUAGAAGUGUUCAUGGACGAUUUCUCUGUUUUUGGUGAUUCUUUUGAUGAUUGUUUAGCUAAUCUAUCCACUGUUUUGCAGAGAUGUCAAGAUACUAACCUUGUGUUAAAUUGGGAGAAGUGCCAUUUCAUGGUACAAGAAGGCAUUGUCCUUGGACAUGCUGGUUUUUAUAGAAGAUUCAUAAAAGAUUUUUCCAAGAUUGCUAAACCCUUGAGUAAUUUACUUGUAAAAGAUGCAGAUUUCAUAUUUGAUGAUAAUUGUUUGCAUGCAUUUUCUGUUUUAAAAGAGAAACUGAUUUCUGCACCUAUUCUUGCAAAACCAGAUUGGAAAUUACCUUUUGAACUCAUGUGUGAUGCAAGUGAUAGUGCAGUGGGUGCUGUUUUAGGACAGAGGAAAGAUAGGAAAUUACAUGCUACAUAUUAUUCAAGCAAAGUAUUAAAUCCUGCACAAGUGAAUUACACAACAACAGAAAAAGAACUUUUAGCUGUUGUAUAUGCUUUUGAUAAGUUCAGAUCAUAUUUAAUGGGUUCAAAAGUGAUUGUAUACACUGAUCAUGCUGCUCUUAAAUAUCUUUUGACAAAACAGGAUGCAAAACCCAGAUUAUUAAGAUGGAUUCUACUCCUCCAAGAAUUUGAGCUAGAAAUCAAAGACGAGAAAGGGAAAGAAAACAGUGUUGCUGACCACUUGUCCAGACUUCCUUUGGAGAGUUUAACCACUGAAUCAUUGGAAAUAAAUGAAGAAUUUCCAGAUGAAAAGUUGUUUGCAGUGGAAAACAUGCCUUGGUUUGCUGACAUUGCAUAUUUUAAAGCCACUCAAUUCAUUCCAAAGAGGUUUACUUGGCAGCAAAAGAAGAAGUUCUUACAUGACAUGGAACCAUUUGAUGUAUGGGGGAUUGAUUUCAUGGGACCAUUUCCCCCAUCAUUCUCACCCGAAUACAUUCUAGUUGCAGUGGAUUAUGUGUCUAAAUGGGUAGAAGCAAUUCCCACCAGAUCAAAUGAUGCAAAGGUAGUGAUUUCUUUUAUAAGAAAGAACAUUUUUUCAAGAUUUGGUGUGCCUAGAGUGCUGAUAAGUGAUGGAGGUACUCACUUCUGCAACAAGUAUCUUGAAGCUGUAUUAAUGAAAUAUGGUGUGAAGCAUAAGGUUGCUACUCCAUACCAUCCACAAACAAGUGGACAAGUGGAGGUUUCAAAUAGAGAGAUCAAGAAGGAUUGGUCAAAGAAACUGGAUGACUCACUGUGGACAUAUAGAACUGCUUUUAAAACUCCAAUUGGUAUGUCUCCAUAUCAGCUAGUAUUUGGAAAGGCCUGUCACUUACCUCUAGAGCUGAAGCACAGAGCAUAUUGGACUACCAAGUGGCUUAACUUUGAUUUGUCAAGUGCUGGAAAGAAGAGAGUUUUACAGUUGCAUGAAUUGGAAGAAUUCAGACAACAAGCUUAUGAGAAUGCAAAGUUGUACAAAGAAAGAACCAAGAGGAUCCAUGACAAAUUUAUUCUGCAAAAAGAUUUCAGAACUGGCCAACAAGUACUAUUAUUCAAUUCAUUUAAGAAAGAAAAACCAAUGAAGAUUAAGGAUACACUAACAUUGUUGGCAGAAAUGCAAAAUUCACUGGCUGAGAGGCAGACUGAGCUCCACAAUGGGAAUGACCACACACCAGACUUGGCAGAGAAGGCUCAGUGCCUUUGCUCCUCAAUUUUCAAAGAUAUGCCAAUCUAUAAGACUCACUUCCCACAGCCAACUAAAGUGGAGGAAGAGGUAGAAGAAGAAGAAGACGAGGAUGAAGAUUCAGAAGAAGACACCUCAGAUGAGGAGGAAGCAGAAGAAUAG